AAAAAGGAAAAAAAUAGAGUUUGUAGUGGUCAGGGUCAAGUCAGGCAAUCAGGUCUAGUUCAUACUCGAUCGUAUUGUUUUUUGUUUCUGCAGUGACAUUUUAUGUAAGGUUAAGAAUUUCCAAAAAAAGAGAGACACAACCAAGAGUAAGGGAGAUUCUUCUUGUUUUUCUUACAGGGAUUCUAGACACAAAGCCAAAACAAACAAACACAAAGUCAGAUUCUCUCUUUCUUUGUUUUCUCUCUUUUUUUUUUUUUUUUAAAGAAAAAAGAAAAACAAAGCAGUGUGUUUGUGUGUGUGUGAGAGAGAGAGUUAGAGUUAAGAGCAAUGGAAGUAGGGAGUGAAAUGAGGCAAUCAAGGUUUAAGAGCAUUUGUGUUUUCUGUGGGAGUAGCCAAGGCAAGAAAAGUAGCUAUCAGGACUCAGCCAUUGAGCUUGGCAAGGAACUGGUUGCAAGGAACAUUGAUCUGGUCUAUGGAGGGGGCAGCAUAGGUCUAAUGGGUUUGGUUUCACAAGCUGUUCAUGAUGGUGGUCGCCAUGUCAUUGGAGUUAUUCCCAAGACGCUCAUGCCUCGAGAGUUAACUGGUGAAACAGUGGGGGAACUAAAGGCAGUUGCUGAUAUGCACCAAAGGAAAGCAGAGAUGGCUAAGCAUUCUGAUGCCUUUAUUGCCUUACCAGGUGGUUAUGGGACUCUGGAAGAACUGCUUGAAGUGAUAACCUGGGCUCAACUUGGAAUUCACGAUAAACCGGUGGGAUUGCUGAAUGUUGAUGGAUACUACAAUUCGCUUCUGUCAUUUAUUGACAAAGCAGUGGAAGAAGGGUUUAUUAGUCCCAGUGCCCGCCAAAUAAUUGUAUCAGCACCAACACCAAAGGAAUUGGUGAAGAAACUGGAGGAGUAUGUCCCCUGUCAUGAAAGAGUUGCAUCAAAGUCAAGCUGGGAGAUGGGACAGCUUGGCUACUCUCAAACCUAUGAUAUCUCUAGGUGAUAUGGUUCUUACUGCAUUGAUGAGAAGAUGCAUGGAAUUUUGGAAGUGGCAGGAGCUAAUUUGAAGAAACUCAAUAUCUGUCAUGGAGAAUUCUUUUGUCUUAAUUUUGUAAAUUACUGCAAUUGACCACAAUAUGUGAAGCUUCAGAACUCCUUUUCAGAACUUGAUUUCCUUUUAAGUAGUUAAGUACUACAGGAUUAUGAACGCUCCCUUUAAAAUGUUAACUGAUUAUAUGAUUAAAUGAUUAUUAGCCUU